AUGAAUAAUAACUGGUUAUUAGGGUUCCCCCUUUCAGCUCAACAAGUACUCCAACAACAUCAGCAGUCACAAAAUGAUAAUUCAGUCCCCGGCCAUCAUGAUAAUAAUCACUUGGGUGUAAAUUUCAACGGCUCUGAUCAAAUCUCAGUUGUUACACCUGCAGGUGGUGCACAAAUCUAUGCUACUACUGUUGAUGAAUCAUCAUCAACAUCAUCAUGUUUCGAUCAUCAUCUGAUUCCUUGUCUGAAAAACCAACUCCCACCACCAAACCCUCAUUUUCCCUUUUGCCAACCUUUCAACAACACUAAUUCUCAUCACUCUCAAGAUUGGAAUAUGAAUUCUGUAUCAUGCAGCAGUAGCAGCAGCCACAACUACUUAGAUAAUAGUAGUAAUAAUAAUAAUAAUCAAAACAGCAGUCCGAAACUCGAAAAUUUUCUAGGGUUUGGUGGCCACUCUUUCGCCGACCAGCUUCAACAACACAAUAACCUAAUCUGCAACAACACUUGCACUAAUAUGUACGAACAAACUCAGGCCGCCCCCGCCGCCACAACUAAUAAUAAUAAUAGUAGUACCAUCGGCCUUUCCAUGAUCAAGAACUGGCUCAGAAACAACCCGGAGGCGGGCGGCAGCGGUGCGCAGACACUGUCGCUUUCCAUGAGCACGGGGUGCUCACAGUCACAGACGAGCUCUCCUUUGCCACUAGUUGUGGUCGGCAAUAAUAUUGCAGCAGCAGCGACGGAGAUCACGAGCUGUACAUCUGAAAGCAGCAAGGACGGUCAAAGUGGUGCAUUAUUGGAAUCAGUGCCUCGGAAAUCUGUAGAGACGUUCGGACAAAGGACCUCUAUUUACCGCGGUGUAACAAGGCAUAGAUGGACAGGCAGAUAUGAGGCACAUUUGUGGGAUAACACUUGUAGAAGAGAGGGUCAAACCCGUAAAGGAAGGCAAGUUUACUUGGGAGGUUAUGAUAAGGAAGACAAAGCAGCUCGAUCUUAUGAUUUAGCAGCACUCAAGUACUGGGGAACCACCACCACUACCAAUUUUCCGAUUAACAACUACGAGAAAGAAAUAGAGGAUAUGAAGCACAUGACAAGGCAGGAGUAUGUAGCAUCAUUAAGAAGGAAAAGCAGCGGAUUCUCCCGUGGGGCGUCGAUAUAUCGAGGAGUAACGAGACAUCACCAGCAUGGAAGAUGGCAAGCAAGGAUUGGUAGAGUUGCAGGGAACAAAGACCUUUACUUGGGAACUUUCAGCACUCAAGAAGAGGCAGCAGAAGCAUACGACAUAGCGGCCAUCAAAUUCCGAGGCCUAAAUGCCGUCACGAAUUUCGAAAUAAACCGAUAUGACGUCAAAAGCAUAAUGGAGAGCACUAAUUUACCAAUCGGAGGAGCUGCAAAAAGGUUAAAAGACGCUGAAAAUGCCGAGAAUAUGGCUCUGGAAUUGCACCGUGCUAGUUAUAACGACGGGAAUGGGAAUGGGAAUGGGAAUACCAAUGCCUGGCCUACCAUUGCAUUCCAGCAAGCAAUAUACCCUUAUAAUUCCCAUCAAAGAUUAUGGUGCAAACAAGAGCAAGAUAAUAAUCUUAAUAAUAAUAAUCAAGAGAUGAUUAGUCAUGGUAAUUUUAGUGAAAUUAAUCAUCAGCUUCAACUGGGGAACAACAACACACAGAAUUUCUUGCAGCCUUCUCUUCUGAUGCACAAUGUAAUGGAGCAGAGCUCGGUUUCUAAUGCCGGAGUUUAUGGAAAUAGUGAUUCCGGAGAUGAUCGUGGGAAUGGAUUUGCGAUGCCGAUGAUGGGGACUGUGAUUGUUCAAGAUGACGGUAAUGAUUAUGUGGGGAAUAUUCAUGAGGGCAUGUUUGGAUCAAUGACAACGACGGCAGAUGCCAGUUAUCAACAACAUGCACGGAAUUAUUUGUAUUAUCAUCAACAAUCUCAGGAAUCGUCGUCGAAUAAUAACUGUGACAGCUGGAAUCAUAGUAUUCCUAUUGCUGUUCCAACUCUUGCAGCGAGGAAUAUCAACAAUGUGGAUUCGUGUAAUGGAGCUUCGACUUUUACUGUGUGGAACGAUACGUAAAAUUUGCAAAAUUAAUCAAGAGGAAUUAUUAAUGCCAC